GGACCCCAGGGUAUCAGAGGAAGCCAGAGGGACAACGGGGACCUUGGGGUGAUAAUGGGGACCCCAGGGUGGCUGGACGGGCUGGAGGAGCAGCGGCAGAGGACGGAGGUCCAUUACCGCUCGCUGCAGGGCGACGGAGCCUUCAACUGGCGUUUCGUCUUCUCCUUCGAGUAUCUGGCGGCCGAGCAGCUCUGCGUCCUGCCCCGGAAGGAGCAUUUCUGGAGCCUGGACGAGACGGUGCUGAAGGUGCCCCCCAAACUCAUCCUCCAAGUGUGGGACAACGACAAGUUUUCGGCUGAUGAUUUUCUGGCCACGCAUAUCCCCCCUCCUCCCCUGGGGACCAUCCCCCGUGGGGAUCCAUCCCGGGGUGCGGAGUGUCCCGGGAAGUGGUCGGACAAGGACACCGGCAAGGAGGGCGCUGCCAACGACGGGGCUGGCGCGGUGGCCAAUUUCCCCUCUUGA